AAAAGACAGAAGAAAUGACAGAAAUCAGUGACAUAUCAACAUGAGUAAUUUCAUAACAAUUUGGAAUAAAGCUUUUUAAAAAUGUAAUUUAUUAAUUAGAGUAGUUUUUCAAUUAAGCAUGAUCGAUAGGAUGACGCCCUUUCGCAGGAAGAAAUGUGGAAAAUCCUUUCCGGUAAAAGUGUGCACUUUGGAUGCAGAAUUGGAGUUCAACUUGGAGUGGCGAGCUACAGGGAGAGAUCUUUUUGAAUUAGUUUGCCGAACGAUUGGUUUGAGAGAAACAUGGUAUUUUGGAUUACAGUUUGAAGAUUCAAAAGGAUUCAUAUCUUGGUUAAAAUUAGACAAAAAAGUUCAAGACCAAAGUAUACAAAAGAACCACCAAACAGCUUCGUUUAUGUUUCUAGCUAAGUUUUAUCCAGAAGAAGUUGCAGAAGAGUUAGUACAAGAAGUAACGCAACAUUUAUUUUUUUUACAAGUUAAGCAGGCUAUUUUAUCUAUGGAUAUAUAUUGUCCACCUGAAGCUUCCGUGUUACUAGCGAGCUAUGCAGUUCAAGCUAAAUUUGGUGAUUUCGAUGAAGACACGUACAAGCCUGGAAUGCUGGCGAGUGAGGACUUGCUGCCCCAACGUGUAAUUGAUCAGUACCAAAUGACGCUCGAAAUGUGGGAGGAAAGAAUCAGGGUAUGGUAUGCCGAUCACAGAGGUAUGUCUCGAGACGAGGCAGAAAUGGAAUACCUCAAAAUAGCGCAAGAUUUAGAUAUGUACGGUGUAAAUUAUUUUCCUAUUCAGAACAAAAAAGAGACUGAGUUAUGGUUAGGUGUAACUGCUCUAGGACUAAAUAUAUACGAAAAAGAAAACAAACUACAACCAAAAACCACAUUUACGUGGAGUGAGAUCAGACAUAUUAGCUUCGACGACAAGAAAUUUAUUAUUAAGGCUGUGGAUAAAAGUUCUCCUAAUUUCGUUUUUAUUAGCCAAAAAGUCAGAAUGAACAAAUUGAUAUUGGAUUUGUGUAUGGGAAAUCACGAUCUUUUUAUGAGGAGAAGAAAGCCAGAUUCAAUGGAACUUCAACAAAUGAAAGCUGCAGCCAAAGAAGAAAAACAGAGAAGACAAGUUCAAAGAAAUCGAUUAGCAAGAGAGAAACAACUAAGGGAAGAAGCAGAAAGAGACAGGGCUAAUAUGGAGCAAAGACUGUUACAGUACCAAGAAGAAAUAAGGCUUGCUAACGAGGCUCUUAGAAGGUCAGAAGAAAGUGCCGAUCUAUUGGCGGAAAAAAGUAGAGUUGCUGAAGAGGAAGCGCGAUUGCUGAGUCAAAAAGCAGCAGAAGCGGAACAGGAAAUUACUAGGUUAAGGUUAACUGCCAUGCGAAAAGAUGAAGAAAAGGUUACCCUGGAAAGAAAAACGAGAGAGGCUGAAAUGCUGACUGCCAGAUUAGUCGAGGAAUCGGAGAGACGAGCGGCCGAAGCUAAUAAACUCAAAGACGAAUUAUUAAAGGCUCGCGCAGCCGAAAAACAAGCCAAAGAAAAACUGUUGGACUUUCUAAGUCGCAGUUCCAAUUACAAUGGAUCCACACCAGCAUCACCAAUUUCAUCUGUUACAACGUUAUAUUCUGGUCCUUUAUCGCCAAACAACGCUCACUCUGAAUAUUCACUGUUAGAAAGUGAAUCGACAUCACCAGAUUUUAAUUUGAAUAUAAAUUCAUAUGAUCUUAUAGCUCACGGAGAUGCCGAACAAUUAUCUUUAGAAAUAGAAAAAGAGAGAGUGGAAUAUCUUGAAAAAUCAAAACACCUCCAAAAUCAACUUAAAGAAUUGCGUACAGAGAUAGCUGUUCUAAAAGUGACGGAAAAAGCGACCGAUUUUGAUCAGUUGCACGAAGAGCAAGUGAAGUCUGGCGAAAACAAGUAUUCAACGCUCAAGAAAAGCAAGAGUGGAAGUACCAAAAGUCGCGUGGCCUUCUUCGAAGAAUUGUAAAUAAAUAAAGUAAAACAAGGUAUAAGGUAGAAUUAUAUCUUUUCGAGAUGCAGCGAUCAUAGAAAUUAAAUUUGAAUUGCUUCUCUAUAGAUCAUACCAAAUAAACUCUUAGUUGAGUGAUUAAGCUUGACCGACACAGCGUUGCCCACUUUUACAUAUUUUCUUUCAAUCAAAGUAGUUUAGGAAACAAAAAUGAAUUACUUAUAAAUAUAUAAACAGUUAUUAUUUACAUCAACAAAUCUCACCUCCUUAACAGCACUUAAGAGACAUAAGGGGCCAUUAUAUUACAGAUUUCCCAUUCAAAAUGUUCUAAUAAGGCUGUAAUGAGUUUUUUGCAACGACUGUUAAGCUGCUUCGCCAUCUUGUAUACCUCGCACUACAAGCGGUUUAAAAAAAACUAUUUGCGACUGCAAGGUCUGCUAGUAAAAAAAAUUAAGCUUAAAUUAUCUCAACACAAUUCACUUGAAUCAAAAACUCGUAAUGCAAAACUUAGUGUCAAAACGAAUCAAAAUAUCAGGAAAUAAAUAAAUAAAUAUGGCAACGUGACAAUUUUUAGAGCAGAGCUACCACCUGAAUCGCCAGCGGGCAAUGUAAAUUCCAGUUAGCCACCCCAGCGUCGAAUAUGUCCAUGGUUGGCAACAAUGAAUUAAAUAACCGCGCCCUCGAUGACGUAACUAAAAGUUUAUUUGGUAUUGCUUAUAUAUGGAUAUUAUCUAAACCUAUUAGUAAAAUAAGUGAGGUUCGAUCUCAUAGAGUAUACAGUGCGUUCAAGAUAUUAUUUGAACGUAUAAGCUAAACUUUAGCUUGGGAUAUGAAAAGAAGGCGCUUGGAUCUAAAUCGGGUGAAUAUGGACACUGAUGUAGCAGUUUAAACUCUAUAUCAUGACUACCUAGAGUGUGUUGUGAACGGGAGGCACUUUUUGAGUUGUCACGUUGCUCUCUUGAAUGUCUAUCAUCCCUGCAGCUCGAAAAACCAAACUAUAUUGUAUAUACUAUUUUUAUACAACUUAGAAUAAGUCUGUUGUUCCGAUAACGUUAUUUGAACGUAAAAUUAUAUUGUUAUAAGCUUCUGUUUCGAAUUUAUACAAUAAUUAUUGGGCGUUCUUAAAACAGGGCCUGCGUUUUUUAUACAAAUAUUAAAUCUUUUUAUUUUACUCUAUAUUAUCGGUUUUAAAAUUUAUCUCUUUAUCUUCGGUAGGAUUGUAGAAAAAAUCUAACAUUUUUUUAGAUGGCUUUUAGUCUGAUUGUUAAGCUAAAAUAACUAUUGUUUGAUAAAGAUGGUUUAUUAAUUAUUUUAUGCUUGAAGUUUUUAUAAUUUUAAGGAAAAAAGCACUUGUUGAAAAUAAAUAUAAAAGACAG